AUGGAUGAAGUGGGUCGCACCUGUUCCCCUGAAAACACAAUUCUGGCCCAAAUAAACCUUGGUCAGUUCUCGCUGAGGCCAGCACCAAACGGAGGAUGGAACGUGGAGAUGAGUCAAGGCGCAAACAUUUUCGGCUUCGGUGGACAUCGUGCACUCGGGAUAUCGGGAAACCCAACCGGCGUUGGAAUAAGUGGAUGGGCGAAUGUGUCCAUGAAACAUUUAGGAACCGAUAACGUGAUUAUCGCCAAUGAAAGAGUCGGCGUAGAUUCUGGCCUUGGAGCGGGAACUAAUGGCGUCAACUUAGGAAGCCAGUUACAGCCAAUGAUUCUCACUAAAACUGAUUAUAGUUCCACUUCCUACUCAACCAUCAGUACAGCCAUCGCCGAAUACGCCUACAAGAUGGGAAAGGCCUGA